CCUGUCUGUAUCCAGGGGUGGAGUUAACAUUUUCUCAAAGUUGUUCACCUACGUUUACUGCAGAUAAGCAGCUGUUUGUAAAGGAAUAAAAACUAAACUGAAGAUCCACAUUGCUGUCAAAAGGGGGCUGUAUAAUUUACCUUGCUUUUAAAGAUCUGAUGUGAUCAGAGAAAAGAUUCCAAUGAGUCUGGUUCUGCACAGUCCUCAAUAUGACUGAUGGGGACUAUGAUUAUCUGAUCAAGCUCCUAGCCCUUGGGGAUUCUGGAGUUGGGAAGACCACCUUCCUCUACAGAUACACGGAGAACAAGUUUAACCCCAAAUUCAUCACCACAGUGGGAAUUGACUUCAGGGAAAAGAGAGUGAUAUACAGUAAUUCAGGACCAAAUGGCAAUGCCGGGAAAAAUUUUAAAGUUCACCUACAGCUCUGGGACACUGCGGGACAAGAAAGGUUCAGGAGCCUCACCACGGCCUUCUUCCGAGACGCCAUGGGCUUUUUAUUAAUGUUCGACCUCACGAGCCAGCAAAGCUUCUUAAACGUCAGAAACUGGAUGAGCCAACUCCAAGCUAAUGCAUAUUGUGAGAAUCCAGAUAUAGUAUUAAUUGGGAACAAAGCAGAUUUGACUGAUCAGAGAGAGGUUCAGGAAAAUCAAGCAAAAGAGCUGGCAGAUAAAUAUGGGAUACCAUAUUUUGAGACUAGCGCAGCUACAGGAUCAGACGUUGAUAAAGCAGUAAUCACGCUCUUGGAUUUAAUAAUGAAGCGUAUGGAGCAGUGUGUGCAGAAGACAGCACCCGAGUCUGCCAACGGAGGGGGCUCAGGAAAGCUAGAGGCUGUGCAACACCAGGAGAAGAAGUGUGCCUGUUAGACUGCAAGUUAAAC